GUUAUUGGGACGAUUGUAAAGACAUUCCGCACUGAUUGCUAAUUGGAAAAUUUAAAUAACCUUGUUGAUAUCAUAUAUCAGGCCCAUUGAUUUCAGAUCAGUAGGAAUUCAUUGGACACAACAAAACGGGGGCUAUGUGACACCGUCCUGUUGUCAGUUCGACAUAGAUCGCUGAUUGGAAUAAGUGUUUAUUUUUACAUCAGAUCCAUUUAUUUAAUGAAUGAGAUAAGAAUGAUAUAUCAGGGCAGUCAAUCGUGUCCCUUUUGCCCAGUGUUAAAUUGUAGAGGUAGAGCCCGACCUCUUUUUAAAGGCUUUUGAAAAAUUAGACAAAAGAAAGAUGUACGUGUAGGAGAAAUUGUGGAACUCUUACAUACACUAUGAAUAGGAAUUUAUAGACUGUUUAAAAAUCCAUACAACGAAGAAUUAUGCGUGGAAAAGACGGAUUUAAAUACGUUUAUCUGUGGGACAUGUUUGUGCUGGUAUAGGAGAAGUUUAAAAGGAAAAUAUGGGUCAUUAUUGACUUUUUUCUUUGUGAAACACUGCGCAAAUGCAUCAACAAUUUCAGGUAUAUGCCCCGUUGAUUCAUGGAACAUUUCAAAUGUAGUCGUGCUUGGGUAUCUGUGAUCUUUUUGUGGUGAAUGUAAUUCUUUUGCUGGUCAAGUUCUUGAGUAUGAGAUAUGGCGACAUCGCAAAAUCAGGAACCGGUCUCAAACGGAUUCCAGAAUGGCAAUAGUCUCACAGAGCGUAUGAAUAAAUACAAAGUAGAUGAUGAAAAAGAUACAACAGAAAGUAAUUCUUCCGGGGAACAAAGUUCGCCUCUCUUUAAGGAUGAAGCAGAAAGACUGAAACAUUUACAGAAGAUCCGAGCUUCCCCUACCAGUUCCGCGGCUUCCAGGAUUAAAAAUAAGACCCGAAGUUAUGAAGUUCUGAAUCUUCCAAAUGGAACGCCGACGUACGACAAUCUUCGAGUGGUCCAAAGUUCAGCACCAAAGAUCCCAGCAAGGGCAGCAGCAUUAGCCGAUCUUCCCCCAUUAGUUAUUCCAAAGGACGGGAACCUUCAGAGUUUCAGUGUAGAUGAAAUGGCUACAUUUUUUAGAUACAUGAGGGUUAAUGAGGAAAUAGUUCAGAGACUUCAUCGAAAGGAAAUGGAUGGUAGGAAGUUCGGGAAACUCAAGGACAAAACUCUGGAAGACUUACAAAUCAAAAACCCCAUCCUGCUUCAUUUCAGGGACAGAUCGAGCAAAGAUCGAAUCGGUUUCAUGUUAUAAUGCUUUUUACUGGAAUGGAAGUGAUUAGGACAAAUCAAUACGUGAUAUUCUCAUAGUGCCUGAUAUUAUUGCAGAUAUUUACAUUAAUAAUCAUAAUAUAUCAUUCAUUAACAAUAAAAUUAAAUACUGCAUUAAAAAGUUCUGCUGAGGGGCGAUUUUCUGCUUUACGGUGACAAUAUCGGAGUUCUGAGAGAG